AUGGCGCCGCCCCUCCUGUCCUGCCUCACGCUCAUCAUCAUCGGACCCAUCACCGCCGUCUACGCCCUGCCACCCACUGAGGGGCCACUGAUGCAAGACUACCCCUUCGUGGCCAUAUGGAACGCCCCUACCAACGUAUGUCAACGGCUCCAGAUCCCACUUGACACCGCAGCCCUCCAGGCGGUGACCACGCCCGCCACGGUGCCCGGUCAGUUCCUCACCCUCCUCUACGAGGAACGCCUCGGCCUCUACCCUAAAGUUGGUUCUCAUCACACGCUCUACAAUGGCGGGGUUCCCCAAAGCGGUAACCUGACGAAGCAUCUGGCCAAGGCCCGACAUCAGAUAGAUAACGUCAUCUCCCAGGAUUCUGGUCCUGGCCUGGCUGUCAUUGAUUGGGAGUCCUGGCGCCCCCUGUGGGACCAGAACUGGGGAUCCAAACGUGUUUAUAAAAAGUUGUCCAUUGCUCGAGCCCUGCAGACGGCCCCGUUUCUAUCAGACAGGACCAUUGCCAAACUGGCAAAGAAGCAGUUCCAGCAGGCCGGGCGGAACUUCAUGGAGAAGACCAUCGACCUCGGCGUCUGCGAGCGUCCGAGCCGCCUCUGGGGCUUCUACCUGUUCCCUGACUGCUUCAACUACGACUGGAACAAGUCCACCUACACAGGGAAAUGCUCCGCGACGACCCAGGAGCAGAACAACCAGAUGCUGUGGCUGUGGCAGCACAGCACUGCCCUCUUCCCCUCCAUCUACCUCCACCAGAGCCUGAAGAACUCCCCGCGGGCAGCGCUCUACGUCCGCUACCGAAUCCAGGAGGCGCUGAGGGUGGCGGCGCUGCCUAACCGGGCUUACACAGUACCAGUCUACGUCUACUCCAGGAUACUCUACCGAGACCAGACCCAGAAUUUCCAGACCGAGACUGACCUGGUGAACACUGUAGGAGAGUCUGCAGCUCUGGGAGCAGCAGGGGUCAUAAUGUGGGGAGGAAGCAGAGACUACAACAACAAGGCUUCCUGUCAGGCUCUGUCUGAGUACCUGACGUCCACCUUUGACCCGUACAUCGCCAACGUGACGGCGGCCGCUAAGCUCUGCAGCCAGGUGUUGUGUCAGAGCAAAGGUCGCUGCGUCAGGAAGGACUUUAACUCGGGUCACUUCCUGCACCUGAACUCCGCCUUCUUCAAGAUCGUCCGGACCGACAGGAAGUACGUGGUGAUCGGAGUUCCCCCCGCCGCCGACCUCAAAGCCUGGUCGGACAACUUCACCUGUCAGUGCUACACAGGGAACCGCUGCUCGCCACAACUCACGCCUCAAACCACCAUCUGGGUGUCAUCGGUGUAGAAGGGCGCCCCCUGCUGGUGAUCUGCAGGAAUUUAACCUUCCUGUCGUCCUCCCAGGUCAAAUUUACCCCGUCUGUUCCUUCUUUCCUCCCUUCCUUCCUUCCAUCUGUCCUUCCUCCAUCCCUCCUUCUCUCCUUCCUCUCUCUUUCCU